GCAUCCGACAGCAUCCUCAUUCAAUCCUCUCGGGAAACAAAUGGGUAAGUGAACGAACAACGAGACGAAAACCUCUGCUCAACUUCAGACAAAAGUUACAAAACUUCUCGUCAUCUUCCUCCGCGACCUGACCAGACGAUCGUCCUCCCAGAUAAUUCCAUUAAUUCUUGGGGUCAUCAGUAAUAACAAUGCUAGCUGCUGAAUCAGUCCCCAAUGGAGCUGCAGAACCUCCUCCUUCUCCUCAGGCUGGUUUCCAAAAUCUGAAGACAGUAAAUGAAGAAGCUACCGACCUGGAACCUACUGGGAGGCGCCCAGACAUAUCACUUCAGAUACCCCGAAGGCCUGUGGGUUUUGGCAGUAGCCGUAGCGGAAAGGGUUUACUGCAGUCUCAAGGUUCCUUUAAGGGCAGCUCGCUAUCAGGGGGCCUUUUCCGGGGUUUAAGCUUCAAGAGAAAAGGCAAUCAACCGGAUGGUGAGAGAAGCUCCCUCCUUAAUUCAGACCCCAGUAGAGAUCCUGAAAGAUGUACCUCUCUUCCUGUUACACCGAUAUCAAAUUUGUCCGCCUCUGUUGCUACACCCAGCUCUGCGAGGAUGUAUAAUGAAGUGCACAAGCCACGUGAAGUCAUCCAACUGAAAGAGAUGGUUGUGAUUAAUUGUGUGCAGAAAGAAACUACAACAGUUUUGAGGUCCCUUUCCAUGCCUGGAUGUAAUAAAGUCAUUGUAAGAUCCGUAUCUUUUGCAACUCGAAAUGAGCAGACUCAAGCAGAUCCUAGUGAUGAUCAAAUAACUCCAGUUCCAGUGGAGGCCAAUGAUGAAGAAAUUCCUGAAGAAGAAGCAGUGUGCAGGAUAUGUCUUGAUGUAUGUGAUGAACAAAAUACGCUCAAAAUGGAAUGUUUUUGCAAAGGUGCUCUUAGACUUCUACAUGAAGAGUGUGCCAUUAAGUGGUUCAGCACAAAAGGAAACAAGAAAUGUGAUGUAUGUGGUCAAGAGGUUCAGAAUUUACCUGUAACAUUGCUUCGGGUGCAGAGCACUGCUCAAAGGGGUAGUGGACAGCAGCGCAACCAACAGGGUUUGCAUCCAGAAACGAUAAGUGCCUGGCAGGACUUUGUGGUACUGGUCUUGAUUAGCACAAUAUGCUAUUUCUUCUUCCUUGAGCAGCUACUGAUUCGUGACUUGAAAACUAGAGCGAUUGUAAUUACAGCACCGUUUGCAUUUACAUUGGGUCUCUUGGCAUCCACAUUCGCCAUCAUCCUUGCAAUCAGGGAGUACAUAUGGACAUAUGCAGCUCUGGAGUUUGCGCUUGUCGCCCUCAUCGUCCACCUGUUCUACAGCUUACUUCAUCUGAUGGCCAUUUACGCGAUAUUGCUUGCUGCAGUGUUGGGUUUCGGAAUAGCGAUGAGCCUCAACUCAUUGUACAUGAAAUAUUUCACCUGGAGAGUUCAAGUUGCACAAUCUCAAAGCUCUAGCCCUGUAUGACUCAUUCCUGGAUUUAACAGUUGCACCAUAUGACUUGUAGCAAAAGAGUCAGACUGCUAAAUGUGGCAUCCUUUGUCUUUAUGUUCAUAAUUUUUUUACUUAAAGUUUUGUAAACAAUGUUGCGCCAUUGGGGCGGGGGAAUGGAGGAAGACGACCUCGAGUACAAGGGUAGAUGCUCUUGAACCACCUUGGUUUGGUUAAAGGACGUAACAUGUACAAGUUAAAGCAAGCACUAUUGGUUUGCUUUUAUGAGCUCAAACCCGUAACUCCGAACAAUGAGAGCUCAAACUCAUUGGUGGUUUCUAUUGGAUUGGAUCGGAUUGGAUUGGAUAAGCCACCGCAUUCUAGGUAUACUGAUGCCAGAAAUGGAUGUCGACUUUGAAACCUUGUUCAAGCUAAGGGUGGAAGAUAAAUUAGACGUGAAGAAAACUUAUUGCGUCCUCCUUGGUAGGAUUGGAAGUGCGACGUUUCCUUCACUAGUCCAUCUUCUACUUUAAACUUGGAUACGAUUGGAAGUGGAUAUCCAUUUCUUCCUUCAACAUAAUCCAAUCCAAUCCAAUCCAAUACGCACCAAACUAGGCCUAAAAGUACAAGAUUUAUAACGUCGAAAAUCGUAAGUUGAUCUAUCUAAUAGCAUCAUCGUCCCUCCCGAGUAAUCAAGAAUAUUCUUAUGGUAAAAAAAAUAAUUUACGUUACAGUAAGCAAAUCUUUACAUGCAGUAAACAGUAACUAGCUACAUCACCCGGUAAAAAAGGGAGAACAAAGAAAUCUUCUCACAUAUUUGCAAGUAGCACGGUUAUAUACAACAUGGAGAUAUUUACAGGGAAAAUAUACAAAAGAAAACUCAAUUAGUAAUGCACAUUAUUGCAACGAAAAUGCCUAACCGUAUAAAGAAAGAAAGAUAUUUGAA